UACUGGAUACAAACUGUCAUUAGUUCAAGUGCUUUAAGGUGUAUUAUUUAUGUGUUAAAUUAAGCUGGAUUUUGAAUGUUUCGUUGUGGAGUUUGAGUUGAAGAUCUCGUUACAGAGUUACAUUAUCAAUAACACUGUUACAUUGUUUUAACUGUUUUCUUAGUCAAAAUAUUAUCCUGAAUACUACCUUCCUGACGAGUACAGUGACUUUGAAUAGUUUGUCAGGGAAGUUUUUACGACAGCAAACAUGAUGAUUGCAGCACUUUUAGCAAUACUAAAGCUUACAUUUUACACCACUUGUUUGAGUUCAUGUUUCACAAAAGCUGCGACUGUCUGUGACAUACUGUGCUUGGCUGAUAACUUUACGGUCAAGUUCUCUCCACCCUACCUACUAGAACUUUCGGAACAAGAGAUAAAGCCUCUGGUAUUUUCCAUCGAACCUAAAUCGUCAUGUCAAUUGACUGAAUUCAAUGAAGACAUCUUUUCUGAAGCACGUCUGGAAUUUUCUAUACUUCCUGAAGAUGAAAAUGUUGUGAAAGUUGCAGGAAGUGAAAAAAUAAUACUUAACAUCUCGGAUAUUUUUGACGGAAAAAAUUCAACUUUAUUCAUUGAGGGAAAAUUUUUGGGCUUUACAACUCUUCUCUGGACUGUAAGCCUAACGACGAGUAUUAAUGAAAACGAGACUAGCUUAUUUGCAGAACCAGAUGGAACAGUGGUUACAUUGUGGGAUGGACAAUACUUUGUCACUGUGUCUCGAUCCGAGUCACCUAGUCAAAUUCUCUUCGUUAUAAUCUUGGGAAUUUUGGUCGUAAUCAAUAACAUCAAUAUGGGAUGCCACAUUGAUGUAUCUUUAAUCAUCGACGUUCUUAAAAAACCGGUAGCCCCGCUUAUAGGACUGGCUAGUCAGUUUUUUUUCAUGCCAUUGGCAUCAUUUGGAUUUGGUCUGUUACUCUUCAAUGACUUGACCUGGAGACUAGGCCUUUUUACCCUUGGAUGCUCACCAGGAGGUACUAUGAGCAACUUUUGGAACAUAAUAUUUCAUGGGGACGUUAGUCUUAGCGUUAUCAUGACAUUCAUUAGUACCAUAGCAGCACUUGGAUUUAUUCCGUUGUGGAUGUCAACCCUGGGAUCACAGAUGCUGCCACUUGGAGAACUGAGUAUUCCAUUCGAAAAACUUGUUACGUCUUUGAUAGGUCUCACCAUUCCAAUUGGAAUUGGUAUACUCAUUCAGCGAUUCAAACCCAGAUGGGCAGACUUUUCGCGUAAAAUUAUUCGACCCUUUACGUUAAUUUGCGUUGCAAUUUCGUUAGUUUCCGGAAUUUAUUCUUAUUAUUAUGUGAUUUUGUUGUUUAAUUGGCGUGUUGUUGUAGCCGGCAUGGCUGUUGCAUGGGGAGGUUUCUUCUUUGGUGCCAUCUUUUCCUGGAUUUUUCGACUUAGUCGGCCUCAGGUCAUUGCGGUAGCCUUCGAAACGGCACUCCAGAAUGCUAGUAUUGCCUUUAUUCUAUUGCAGCUUUCCCUACCUCAGCCGUUUGCUGAUCUUGCAGUAGUGCCCCUUGCUGCCCAACUUUUAAUGACCGGAGCUCCUCUUUAUCUGUUAUUUGCAGUGUAUGUACUUUAUCACAAGUUCGUGAAGAAGGAUAAAAAAAUUAGUUCACUAUUUGAAGACCCAGAAGGAGGUAAAUCUGAAACUACUAGCAAAGAAGACGAAUAUUCCGAGGAAAGAAGGCCCCUUCUUAACAACAGAAAUAGAGAAACGGUGGAACCGAAAGAAGAAACAACCACGAACAACAGCAGAGGGAUAGAAAACGUGGAAACGGCAACACUUCGAUCCAGCAGAGGUAAGGAAAGCAUGGAACUGGGAGAAGAAACAACCACGAACAACAGCAGAGAGAUAGAAAACGUGGAAACGGCAACACUUCGAUCCAGCAGAGGUAAGGAAAGCAUGGAACUGGAAGAAGAAACAACCAUGAACAACAGCAGAGGGAUAGAAAACGUGGAAACGGCAACACUUCGAUCCAGCAGAGGAAGGGAAAACACGGGACUGGAAGAAGAAACAAUAUCACACGAGAACAGCAGAAUUGUAAAAAAUGACAACGAAACGGAAGAAACGUUUUUAAGAAAUAGAAUCAACGACAAUGCUGUUAAUGAAACUGAAGAAGAAAAAUCUUGAUAACAAAGAAAAUAUUAAUUUCGUGAGUUUUAUUUUAAAGAGUGUUCCAUUAUCUAUGUUGUAUUACUGCUCAUUCAUCGUUUGGUAAAUUAUAUUUGUUUUAAUUGAGCUGUGAUUAAUACCCUCUACAUUUUCUCAUCAUUUGAUCAUCUUUUACAUGAAUAAUACGUUGUAUAAAUACGUUCUUGUUGCACAGAAAUCCAAAUAACUCAAAUUUUAAUAUUCAAAUCUGUUUCUAGUAGGAGAUAGUUAAGAAUAUGAUGAAAAUAUAUGCUUGACUGUUGAAUAAUUGACCACGUUUCAUUGGCUGUUUAUAGCAGCGUGAUAACGUCAUCAAUGAAUAAGAGCACGAAAAGUAACUGGUUUUAGCGUAAUUACAGCUACGUUAUUACGAAAUAACACUGAUAACCAAUAAGUGGACUUGUUUCGAUGAACGCCAUCCUACUUGUGUUGUAUUGCCGUGUUAUUAUUGAUACAUGCGCAACGGAAAUAUUAUUUUGUGAAUUUUUCAACGUAUAGAAACGGACUGUUAAAGGGAGGAUAGUGGCGAUUAUAGUAUUUAUUGUUAUUAUUUAUAGGGAAACAACAUAUAUAUGUCGAGAUAACUUCCAUUAUUACAUAAUUACAACUACUAUGGUAUAGUUCAAGUACUUUUUUUUUGCAUAUUAGCAGACUUACAUGGCUAAAAUAAUUAAGCUGUUCUCAAUAAGUAAUUGUUUCAUAACAAUGUUCAUUUUCUGACUUCAACUAAAACAAAUUU